CCUUCCAUCCAGCUGGGUUGCUUGCUGGGAGAUAUGCAGCCUAGUUCAUCGCCAGACACACGGUGACAAAUUACGGAUUAAAAUGUGCUGUGAUCUUCACUUUGGAUACUAAGGUGAGAAGAUAAUAAAGGAGGCAACCAAAUAAGGAAGAGGAAAAGGAGACAUUCCACUACAGCCCCUGCGGAGCUGCUGCAGGGACGAGCCUACUAACUGUGAUUUCUAGUUUUGGGAAAAGGGAGAGGAACAAGGAGAACGCAGGAAUGAGUUCUCUGAGAGGUCUUCCUCUGCUUUUGAUAUUCCUCUAUGCGGCAGCAGUGUGUGCAGGUGUGGGUGGUGCAAAGGUCAACAAUGUGUCGUCGCAAAUCUGUCGUCAUCCAUGUGAGGACCUGGUUGGCUUGCUCACUGAGAUCCAUGGCCUGCGUGUUGUGACCAACAACCUGCUUGAAGACUUGGAGAAAGUAUCAAAAGAAAAUGAAGAGAUGCGGAUAUCUUUGGCUGAGCUCAGCAACAGACGCGGCAAUGGCAACAGCAGCAACAGACGCAGUAAUGACAGCGGCGGCGGCCACAGCGGCGGCAGCAGCAGUGGUGGUGGCAGCAGCAGCAGUGGAGGUGGCAGCAGCAGCAAUGGAGGUGGCAGCAGCAGAAGCAGCAGUGGUGGCGGCAACAGCAGUGGUGGUGGCAGUAGCAGCAGUGGUGGUGGCAGCAGCAGCAGUGGUGGUGGCAGAAGCAGUGGUGGUGGCAGCAACAGUGGUGGUGGCAGCAACAGCGGUGGUGGCAGCAACAGCAGAAGCAGUGGUGGUGGCAGCAACAGCGGUGGUGGCAGCAACAGCAGAAGCAGUGGUGGUGGCAGCAACAGCAGUGGUAGUGGCAGCAACAGCAGUAGUGGCACCAGCAGCAGUGGUGGUGGCAGCAACAGCAGAAGCAGUGGUGGUGGCAGCAGCAGCAGCAGUGGUGGCAGCAGCAGUGGUGGUGGCAGCAACAGCAGAAGCAGUGGUGGUGGCAGCAGCAGCAGCAGUGGUGGCAGCAGCAGUGGUGGUGGCAACAACAGCAGAAGUGGCAGCAGUGGUGGUGGCAGCAACAGCAGUAGUGGCGGCAGCAACAGCAGUAGUGGCAGCAGCAGCAGCGGUGGUAGCAGCAGCAGUGGUGGCAGCAGCAGCAGCAGUGGUGGAGGCAACAGCAGUGAUGGUGGUGGCAGCAGCAUCAGCCGCAGAGGUGGUGAUGGUGGCACAAGUGACAAUGAUCUUGACAGAGACAGAGACGGUGAGGUGUGGUGUAUGCAGGAUGGUCGAAUAUAUGAGCAGGGGGAGGACUGGGAAGUCGACAGCUGCACCUCCUGUAAUUGCCAGGAUGGAAAGGUGGUUUGUCAACAGGUGUCAUGUCCCCCUGUGUCCUGCAUCAAUCCAUCUUUUGUUGAUGGAAGCUGUUGUCCUGUCUGUCUCAAUAAUGAAGAUGGCUGGUCCCCAUGGUCUGAGUGGACCCACUGCUCAGCCACCUGUGGACGUGGAGGGCAGCAAAGGGGCCGAUCCUGCAAUGGCAUCAUGCCAUCCUGCUCUGGCCCGUCAGUCCAAACCCGCAGCUGCAUAGUGAUGAGGUGUGACCACAAGGUGCGUGCUGAUGGCAACUGGGGCCUUUGGUCUCCUUGGUCUGCAUGUACAACCACAUGUGGAGAAGGCAACAUUACACGGGUCCGUCUGUGCAACAAUCCUCCACCACAGAAGGGGGGCAAGGGGUGCGCAGGUAGCGCCAGGGAGACACAACCUUGCAACAACACACUCUGCCCGAUUGCUGGAGGCUGGACAGUCUGGACUGAAUGGUCACUCUGCUCAGAGACAUGCGGUGGUGGCCUCAUGAGUCGCCAACGAGAGUGUGUUAACCCCGCCCCUCAGAACAGCGGGAAGCCUUGUGCUGGAGUUGCCGUGGACUAUGAAGCAUGUAACAAACAGCCAUGUCCUUUAGAUAUGUGUUUGCUUUCAAAUCCUUGUUUUCCUGGAGUCAAAUGUACAUCACAUCGCGAUGGGUCAUGGGAAUGUGGACGCUGCCCGCUGGGCUUAAGUGGCAACGGGACUCAUUGUGAAGAUGAGAAUGAGUGUGAAGUGGAGAGUGCGUGUGUUACACAGUGCAUAAACACAGACCCUGGAUACUACUGCCUACCCUGUCCGCUGCGCUAUAAAGGCACUCAACCGUAUGGCCUCGGUCUGGAAGAAGCCCUGAAAACGAGUCAGGUGUGUGAACCAUACAAUCCUUGCAAAGACAACACACACACUUGCCACAAGUAUGCUGAGUGUAUAUACCUUGGCCUGGCGUCUGAGGUCUUGUACAAGUGCGUGUGUGCUGUUGGGUUUGCUGGCGAUGGCUUCCUGUGUGGCGAGGACUCUGAUCUGGAUGGCUGGCCCAAUAACAGAUUACCCUGCAAGCAGAAUGCCACGUACCACUGUGAAAAGGAUAAUUGCCCCAUGCUGCCAAACUCUGGACAGGAAGAUCUGGAUAUGGAUGGACAGGGCGAUGCCUGUGACCCUGAUGAUGACAAUGAUGACAUCAUAGAUGAAAGGGACAAUUGCCCGCUGGUGUACAACCCUCGGCAGUUUGAUUCUGACAGGGAUGGGAUUGGGGACCGCUGUGAUAACUGUCCGUUUGAAAGCAACCCACUGCAGACAGACACUGAUGACAACGGAGAGGGAGAUGCCUGCAGCAUUGACAUAGAUGGAGAUGAGGUUCUGAAUGACCGGGAUAACUGUCCUCUAGUCUACAACACUGACCAGAGGGACACAGACCUGGAUGGCGUUGGAGAUCAGUGUGACAAUUGUCCGCUUCUACAUAACCCAGAGCAGCUUGACUCUGACAGUGACCUGGUGGGGGACAUGUGUGACAAUAACGAGGACAUUGAUGAGGAUGGCCACCAAAACAGUCUGGACAACUGCCCCUACAUUGCCAACAGCAAUCAGGCUGACCAUGAUAAAGAUGGGAAGGGAGAUGCUUGCGACCAUGACGAUGAUAAUGACGGUAUCCCUGACGACCGUGACAACUGCAGGCUGGUACCCAACAGGGACCAGCUGGACUCUGAUGGUGAUGGCAGUGGAGAUGCGUGCUUUGAUGACUUUGACAAUGACAGUAUUCCAGAUGCACUGGAUCCUUGUCCACUGAACCAGGAUAUUGGGUCCACAGACUUCAGGAAGUUUCAGGUUGUUUUGUUGGACCCUAAAGGCACCACACAGUCUGACCCUCUCUGGGUUAUCCGCAGUCAGGGUACAGAGCUGCUGCAGACUGCCAACUCUGACCCUGGGAUCGCUUUAGGAUACGACCAGUUCAGCGCCGUAGACUUUAGUGUCACAUUUUAUGUAAAUACCAACCGAGACGAUGACUACGCAGGCGUUGUGUUUGCCUACCAGUCCAGCCGACGCUUCUAUGUUGUCAUGUGGAAACAGGUGUCUCAGGCCUACUGGGAGAAAAAGCCAACCAAAGCAUUUGGCAAUGCUGGAGUCUCAAUCAAACUGGUCAACUCCAACACAGGACCAGGGGAGUAUCUACGCAAUGCUUUGUGGCACACAGGAAACACCAGACACCAGGUCAGAACAUUGUGGCAUGACCCCAAUAAAACUGGCUGGAAGGACUACACAGCCUACCGCAUGCACCUUAUCCACCGACCCAAGACUGGGUUCAUCAGGGUGGUGGUGUACGAGGGCAGGGACAUUUUGUCUGACUCGGGGGCCGUGUAUGACCACACCCUGGCUGGAGGCAGACUGGGACUGUUUGUGUUCUCUCAGGAACAUGUUAUCUUCUCGGACCUCAGAUAUGAGUGUAGAGAUAACUGAAUCAUUGUCUCGGGACACUCUGGGAAUUCCACAAAUAUCCACCAGAGAGAGCGAGAGAGAGAGAGAGGAUACACCAGACUCAGGCCUUAAUCCAGCCAAGACAAUCAAUUAAUGACCAUCCUCUAUCUGCCAGCUUUGUAUGCAACAGUAUUGAUUUCAGGCUGUCUUAUUCACUGUAUAUUACUGCUCUAACAGCAUCUCUAAUGACUCUAACUUCUUGUUGCUUUUCAUUUUGUGCUUCCCUAAUGGCUGUAAAUAAUUAUUUAUUGCCAGAUGCCAGACAUGAGAGGGAAAGAUGCAAAGAUAAAUUAAUGAUGGAGUAAGUGGAGCACAUGUCGGGUGGGGUCGUUACUUAUCAAUA